UACUUAUCAAUGUAGAAAGCAUUGAGAAGAUUACAAUAUCGCUUCCCCUAUCUUCUUGUUCCUCUAUCUACCUUCGUGUUCGGUUAGGGUUUACAGAACCUCCAAAAUCUCCUCCUCUUCCUUCAAUUGCCACUCGCCACCGCCACACCUAUCACGUCCACCGUCCACCAUAACAAAUGCGUUUUAUCGGUCCAUGAUUGAACCCUAUCUAGCCGCAUCACACAGCAUCGCAAUUCCUCAGCACUUUUCCUUUUUUCGUAGCUUGUGAAACCACAAGCAGUGUUUGAUACGAGGUCCCGUCUAGCGGAUAAUUCUGUGUUUUGGGGACUUAAAAAAUGGCAUUGGUUGCCCAUCAACCACAGGGCUUGUAUAUGACAUUUUCAUCAAGGCGUUCCUUGUGCAGCAAGAGGUUGAAACUGAAGCAGUGUUUAACAAAAUCUCACUUGAUUGGCAGAGCAGAUUGGCAUUGCAUAUCAAAGCAGAAUAUUUGUUUAAGUGUAGGGCCUCCGUGCAUUAGUGGCUUCAAGGUUAAACCUAUGAGGAUUGCAGGCUUCAAAGGCACUGCUCAAAAUGAUGAUUCUGUAACCAAAGCUAAUGGAUUGAAGGUCCCCAAAACUUCUGUUAGACUAGAAGAGAGUGGGGAAUUCAAAUCAGAAUCUCCAAAUGGCCGCAGUGUUCCAGUCUCUUUUGCCGCCGAAGCAGAUGAGAGCCUUGCACCGUCACCUGUUAUUCAUAAACUUUUCAAAAAAUGGCUGACUAUGCUGCGCACACAACCAUCAAAUCAAGAAGGGGAGAAGAUUUUGGGAGAGCCUCCUCCGGAGGUUUUACCAAAAACUCUAGAAGGGGCAGAAAGGAAUGAAAAAGUUGAGAUUUUGAAGGUGGCUUGGUCCCAUUUUGUAUCCCUGGAUGCAACAAUAAAGAUUCCGUUAAUAAUAUUUGCCCCUUUCUUCCUCUUUGUCAAUGUAAAAUAUGGUGCCGAGGUUUCCAAGGAGUUGACUCCUUUAUGGGUUAUGGGGCCACUCAUCGUAGCUCUCUACAUCAUGAUAGUGCGAUGGGUGGCCGCACUGUAUGUCUUCACCUUCAAGCAGACUAUCAAAAUAAUCAAGAAUUUGCCCUCUUACUGCAUUUUGGCCUUCACCUAUGCUUUCCGCGGCAAGCUCAAAGAAGAUAUCAAUGCUUACAUUUUUCAGCCUAUGUUGAGGAUUAAAAAUGCUAAUUAUAAACAGAUGAUAAGAAGAAAGUUUGAAGCAUUUGCAGAAUGGAUAAUGGAGAAGUAUCUUGAUUUUGUUGAAUCAAUAUGGCCGUAUUACUGUAGGACAAUCAGAUUUUUGAAGAGGGCUAAUCUCAUUUAGUUUGGUAAAGCAAUUUUGAGGGUGAUGUUAGGAAGGUUCAAGAGUGAGAAUUCCUUUUUAGCUUUUGCCUUAUUGCCCAUUUUAUUCUGGCACUCUGCCUGUUAUAGUUGGGAUGAAGGAAAUUCCUCAUUUCUGCUGUUCAUGAGCUUUUUCUUUUUUCUUCUUAGGUUAGGAUGCAACUGUAUCUCAUAAUUAUGAGUUGUAUCAUGUAUGUUAUAUUGAUUCUACUGUAAAA